UUCCAAUAGUUGUAUUACCUUAGGACGCUACGGUUGCUACGAAUGAAAACAUGAUUAUUGUUUAAAAUUAAAUUAAAUUAAAAAUGAGAGCUGUUCCUACUUGGGUUGAUAAAGCUAUCGACAACAAUAAACACGAGCAAUGUGUCUGGAAUUUGUGCUUCAGUCCUGAUGGUCAAAGGCUUAUUGUGGCAGCUGGUAACAAAGUACAUGUCUAUGAUGCUUCUGAUGGAACAAUAAUCCAGUCAUUAAAAGGUCACAAGGAAACUGUCUAUUGUGUUGCUUAUGCCACUGAUGGUAAAAGAUUUGCCUCAGGCUCAGCAGACAAAAGUGUUAUCAUUUGGACAAACAAACUUGAGGGAAUAUUAAAAUAUACCCACAAUGAGGCUAUUCAAUGUCUUGCAUACAACCCAGUGACACAUCAGCUGGCAAGCUGUGCUGUGACAGACUUUGGACUUUGGUCACCUGAACAGAAAUCUGUGUCCAAAAAUAAAGUCAGCAGCCGUAUCACUUGCUGUAGCUGGACUAAUGAUGGACAGUAUUUGGCUCUAGGAUUGUAUAAUGGUUUAGUCAGCAUACGAAACAAGACAGGUGAAGAGAAGGUAAAAAUUGAGAGACCACAAGCCAACUUGGCACCUGUAUGGUCAAUAAGCUGGAAUCCCAAUAAAGAUGAAAGUGAUGUCCUGGCCAUAGCAGAUUGGGGACAGAGACUGUCCUUCUAUAACUUGUCAGGGAAACAGAUUGGUAAAGACAGACCCUUAAACUUUGACCCUUGCUGCCUGAAUUGGUUCUCUAAGGGAGAGUAUCUGGUACUUGGGGGAGCUAACAAACAGUGCUGCCUUCAUACCAAAGAGGGAGUCAAGCUGGGAGUCAUUGGAGAGCCAUCUGGAUGGGUCUGGUGUUGUGCAGUCAAGCCAGACUCUAAUUUUGUGGCAGUUGGUAGCAAUGAUGGAACCAUUGCUGUGUAUCACUUGGUCUUCAGCACAGUGCAUGGUUUAUUCAAAGACAGAUAUGCUUACAGAGACAACAUGACAGAUGUUAUCAUACAGCAUCUUAUCACAGAUCAAAAAGUUCGCAUCAAGUGUCGUGAUUUGGUGAAGAAAAUAGCAAUUUACAGAAACCGUCUGGCUGUUCAGUUGCCAGAUAGAAUCAUAGUGUAUGAGCUCUACUCAGAUGACUCAGCUGACAUGCAUUAUAGGAUCAAAGAGAAGAUCAACAAGAAGAUUGAAUCAAGUCUGUUGGUUGUCUGCUCACAGAAUAUCAUCUUAUGUCAUGAAAAGAAACUUCAGUGCUUGUCAUUUGCUGGAGAGAAGGAGAGAGAGUGGGUGAUGGAAUCAAUCAUACGUUACAUCAAGGUGACAGGCGGACCACCUGGCAAAGAAGGUCUUCUGGUGGGAUUAAAAAAUGGCCAAAUAUUCAAGAUAUUUGCAGACAACCCAUUCCCCAUUCAGUUGAUGAAACAAGCCACAUCUGUCAGAUGUCUGGACUUAAGCUGUUCACAGAACAAACUGGCAGUAGUGGAUGAGCAGAACACUUGUCUUGUCUAUGACCUGGCCAGCAAGGACCUCCUCUUUCAGGAGAAAAAUGCCAACAGUGUGGCCUGGAACACUCAGUAUGAAGACAUGCUGUGUUUCUCUGGCAAUGGAUAUCUAAAUAUUAAGGCAGGAAACUUUCCUGUCCAUCAGCAGAAACUUCAGGGAUUUGUUGUUGGUUUCAGCGGGUCAAAGAUAUUUUGUCUGAAUGUGUAUGCCAUGUCUGCUGUUGAUGUCCCACAGUCAGCUCCUAUGUACCAGUAUCUAGAGAAGAAAAUGUUCAAAGAAGCUUACAAAGUGGCAUGUCUUGGAGUGACUGAAGGUGACUGGGAAGCUCUGGCUCAUGAAGCACUUGAAGGUUUGGACAUUGAAACAGCUAAGAAAGCUUUCAUCAGGAUCAAAGACUUGAGUUACUUGCAUCUGAUACAUUCAAUAGAGGAGCGCAAGAAACGAGGUGAGCAAGACAAUAUGGUUUUCCUGGGAGAUGUGUAUGCUCACCAGGCCAAGUUCCAAGAAGCGGCCAAGUUGUACAAAAAGUCCAACCAGGAGCAAAAAGCUCUCAACAUGUACACAGACUUAAGAAUGUUUGACUAUGCCAAGGAAUUCCUGGGAGCUGGUGAUGCCCAAGAUAAGAAGCUACUUAUUACCAAACAGGCAGAUUGGGCCAAGAGCAGCAAUGAGCCUAGAGCAGCAGCAGAAAUGUAUAUAUCUGCUGGAGAGUAUCUUAAAGCCAUUGAUAUCAUUGGGGAUCACAAGUGGCCAGAUAUGAUGAUUGAUCUGUCUCGUAAGAUAGACAAAGCUGACAGGGAAGCACUUGGCCGAGCUGCCCAUCACCUGGCUAAGAUGGGUCGGUAUGACUAUGCCGCAGAAGUGUACAGCAAAAUGGGAGAUCAAAAGGCACUCAUUGUCAUGUGGGUUGAGGCCAAGCACUGGGAUGAUGCCUUCACCUUGGUAGAGAAACAUCCAGAAUUUAAGACAGAUGUGUAUGUGCCUUAUGCCCAGUGGCUGGCAGAGAAAGACAGAUUUGAAGAAGCCCAACAAGCAUUCCAUAAAGCUGGACUCCAGGCGGAGGCGGUAAAGGUUUUAGAACAGCUGACACACAAUGCUGUGGCUGAAUCACGUUUUGAUGAUGCUGGCUACUACUACUGGAAACUUUCCAUUCAAUGUUUAGAUAUUGCUAGAGAAGAGCCAGAGAAAAGGGAAGAUAUGUUGCACAAGUUUCAAGAGUUUCAGAUGAAAGCCAACAUCUACUUUGUGUAUCACACCAUCUACAGACAUGUGAUUGAGCCAUUCACAAGUGUUCUACCUGAAGGAUUGUUUAAUAUGUCAAGAUAUUUACUUCACAAUGUUGAGAAUGAUGUACCAUAUGGUGUCUCUAAAACAUCUGCAUUAUACACUAUUGCAAAACAAAGUAAGAAUCUUGGAGCGUACAAACUGGCAAGAACUGCUUAUGAAAAACUGAGACUGUUGUGUUUGCCGCAGAGGUUCCAAACUGCAAUUGACCUUGGCUGUUUAACUAUUAGAUCCAAACCAUUUCAUGAUGCAGAGGAACUCCUGCCAAUGUGUUACAGAUGCUCUACCACUAACCCUCUGCUCAGCAAGACUGGCAAUAGAUGUGUAAAUUGCAAGCAACCUUUUGUUUUUUCUUUUGUUACUUUUGAGGUUUUGCCACUGGUUGAAUUUGUUAUAGAUGAAAGCUUGACUGACCAGGAAGCUAUACAUAUUUUAGACAUGUCCAUUCCCAAAAAGAAGAAAAAAACUGGUCCCUGGGCUGAAACGAAGACUAACAAUUUUCAGUCACUGCGACUUGGUGAUCAAGCUCCAGAAGAAGAUGAGGAUCCAUUUACAGCAAGACUUAAAUCUUAUCACGAAGGGGAAGACUUUCAACCUGUGGUUGUGAACAAGUCCACAUUGCAGACAAUGUCACGCUCAGAUGUCUACAUCCUCAAGUGGCCCAAACCUCUACGCUACCAAUUUUUUAGGUCAUUACUGCCUGAUGUGCCACUCACUUUAUGUUCCACAUGUAAUAAGCUGUUUCACACAGAUGACUUUGAGCAGCAAUAUCUUCAGCGUGGACACUGCCCAUUUUGCAGAACUAAAUAUGAAGACUGAAGUUUGAAAGGACCAACACCCCAGUGCAUCUAAUCUUACCAAAUGUUUUUUUUUUUUACAUAUCAAAAUGAAUUAAUUUCAAUUCCGUCCCAAACUUACUGCCUCCAUGGUUUAAACUGAACACAGUUUCAUGUGUAAUCUGCUCAACAAGAACAUUCUAAUCCAGCAACUGUUUUACCUAAUAAGAAAUAUAGAAAGCCUAUUUACUAUCUGUAAAAUGUAUAUUCAAUAAAUUACUUCACAAAGGAAAACAAAAAAGUUGUGAUGAGGAAAUUCAUUUCAAGCUUUUAGUUUGACCUUACCACGUGUUUCCUUUUUGUUUUACUCCCCUGUAAACUCAACUCUAGGGUUUAAUAAUCUCAGAAUGAGAAACUGGUAUGAACCUGGAGGCAAGUGUAGGAAUAAAAAACUGUGAUGAUUUCUCUAAUUUUUUUUUAUAUAUGAAAUGUGUUGAGAGCAUAAAUGUUUUAAAGUUCUUAAUACUGUCAUCUACAAGCACAAAUCUUGUUUAGAACUAUUUGUUUGACAAUAAUGUACUAUAUGUAGUAAAAGAAUUCAAAUCAAA